AUGUUCGCGAUGUUCGACGCCAAGGACGAGGGCCAGCUGUCCGACGAUGAUUUGCUGCUGCAAUCGUGGGACGACCUGAAGCGGCCCAGCAAGUUCUAUAACGGGUACAACGAGGUGGACCACUACGUCAAGCAAGGCAACCUGGCGGAGUACCUGGGGCUGAAGGCAGUGCGCGCCAUCCACGUGCCCAUCCCCGUCAACCUCAUCUUCAUCGGCUUCAAUGCCUCCGGCGACCACGGCAUGCGCAUGAGGGAGGGCGACAUGAGGCGCUGGCUGCAGCGCAUGGACCACGUGGAGGAGCACACGCGCGCGCCCCUCAACUGGCCCUCCCUCCUCGCCCGCCUCGCUCACACCAUGGGGGCGGGCGGCGAGCUGGUGCGCAGUGAUGAUGAUGACGACGACGACGAGGAGGAGGAGGGGGAGGGGGAGGGGGAGGGGUUAGAGCAUGACCUCCCGCUAAUCAGCAGCGUGCACUACAACUACACGGUGCAUGUGAUGGAGAUGGGCGAGCGCGUGGCGUCCGUCUUCCAAGCAGCAGUGCGCACACUCUCCCGCCCCGACGACCCCACCGCUGCUGCUGCCUCCCACGACGACGACGACGACCCCGCCGACUCGCCCCCGCACCCCCACCACCCCUCCUCCUCAUCAUCAUCCGGGGCGGGCGGCGCGGGGCAGCAGCAGUGGUACCAGGUGGACAUGGGCGCCAUGGCGCAUGUGGUGGACAGCCUGGUGGACUCGCUGCAGCUCGAUGCCUCCGCCUACAACGUGAUUGUGCUCAACCUCAACCGCGCUCGCGCUCGCAGGCGAUAUGGCUACAGGCUGGGUCUGUCCAAUGCAGAGUUCAACAUGCUCAAGACGGACGACCGGCUGAGGCAGCACCUGCUGUCGCCAGGGCUGGAGAAGGUGCCGCAGGUGCUGGACGAGCAGCACGUGCCGCAGCCACUCUUCUCCUCGCGUCCGGGUCACAAGCUCGCGUGGCGCCACAUUGAGCCGCAUGAAAUCGUGCCAUGGGCGGCGCGGAUGACAGCGCUGCUGGGCACAGUGGAGCGAGUGGUGAGCGAGCGCGGAGACCCGCGUGCCAGCGCCGCCCGCAAGGCACAGCAGCUGCUCACCUCGGGGGACCCCCGCCGCGCCCGCGCCCUGCGCGCCGCCCUGCAAGAGGCCGAUGCCAGCUGGCAGGAGCAGUGCCUGACUGACACGUGGAUUGGCACCCGCAGGUGGGCGCUCAUGGACCUGUCUGCUGGCCCCUUCUCCUGGGGGCCCCUCUCCCCCGCCCCCCACCGCCCCGCUGCUGCCGCUGCCACCCCCACUGCACCUCUCAACACUGCUGCUGCUGCGGCUGUUGGUGGUGCUGCUGCGGCUGUUGGUGGUGCUGCUGGUGGGGCAGGAGGGAACGGCAGCAGCAGCAGUGUCAUGGGGGAUGGGUGGAGCAGCAGCAGCGUGGUAGCGGUGGAUGUGGGGGCGGGUGGCAGUGCAGCAUGGGGAGUGAGGUCGGAGGCCAGCCUACCCUCCAUAGACCGCUACUUCCAUGCCCUCUCGCAUGCUUCCUCAGAGGCGUGGGAGGGCGAGCUGAGGGGGCGCCUGGAGCGCAUGGCAGAGGAGCGGCUGGAGGCGGUGGAGGAGGGCGAGGGCGAGGGCGAGGGCGAGGGGCAGCACGCGGUGGACGUGCUGCUGGCGGAGCUUGACGUCUACCACACCUUCGCCGCCCGCCACUGCACUCACCGCGCCGUCCCCAGCGCUCUCUGCCGCGGUGGGUGGGUGGGUGCAAGGGGUGGUUGGGUGCAAGGGGUGGUUGGGUGCAAGGGGUGGGUGGGUGGGUGCAAGGGGUGGGUGGGUGCAAGGGGUGGUUGGGUGCAAGGGGUGGUUGGGUGCAAGGGGUGGUUGGGUGCAAGGGGUGGUUGGGUGCAAGGGGUGGUUGGGUGCAAGGGGUGGUGGGUGCAGGGUGGGUGGGUGCAAGGGGUGGGUGGGUGCAAGGGGUGGGUGGGUGGGUGCAAGGGGUGGGUGGGUGGGUGCAAGGGGUGGGUGGGUGGGUGCAAGGGGUGGGUGGGUGGGUGCAAGGGGUGGGUGGGUGGGUGCAAGGGGUGGGUGGAGCUGCAGCAGAAGCUGGAGGAGGUGAAGGACGACCUCGCCAAGCACCAGGGCGGCAGCGCCACGGCCGGCAGCGUCUUCACGGGGCGCAGCGUGCGGGCGGCACUGGAGCGCCUGCACAGCUGGAAGUUCCAGAGUGUGCCGCCCGACAGGCAUGCGGGCAAGGGCGGGGCGGGGGAGAGCAGCCCUGCAGUGACGCGCGCGUGGGACAUGCUCAUGGCUGAGCUGGCGGCCACGCUGGCAUCCGCCAUGCGCCACGUCAUCACGCCGUCCACAGCUGCUGGCGCGUACCACUUCUACGAGCGCGUGUCCUUCCACCUCUACAUCAUCUCCCACCAGGCGUACUACGAGAGGCGCCACACACCACAGUACGUGGAGGAGUUCAAGGCGGAGGUGCAGAAGCUGUGCCUGCCGGGCCAGCGCUUCCACUUCUCCACCUACCGGCUGUCUGUGGCGGAGGACGCGGCCCUGGCGACGGCCUUCUCCGCCUCGCUGCGCGCCGCCGUGCUGCCCUCCGCGGCCGCGGGUGGCAAGGCGUCAGCGGGGGGGCGCGUGCAGCUGUACCUGGACUCGCACGUGCUGCAGCACCAGCUGCGCUCGCUGGGGGACGACAGCCUGCAGCGAUUGAAGCGCAGUCGGGGGGAGCGCGCGCAGCUGGACGUGCCGGUGUUCUUCUUUGCCAUCACGUCAGACCCCAUCCUUAUCGACCAAUCGCUGCUCGCCAAGUCACUUCCUGACAUGGUGCUCUCAGUGCAGCUGCCGCACCGCCACUGGCCCACCGGCGUCACCUGCAACGGCAAAGAGAUGCACGCCGACCUGCGCGACCCCCUGGCGGCAGUGCUAGCGGCCACAAUGGAGCACCUGGCGGGGCUACUGCCAGCUCACAUUUCCUUCUCCGCCGCCCACUCCUUUGUCGUUCAGGACUGGCGGUGGGCGGCGGGGGGGCAUCCCUUGGCGGCCAUCGGAGGGGGCCUGCUGGGAGGAGGAGGGGCGAGCAGCGCUCAUGUGUCAUCACUGCAACAGGACGCCAUGGCGCGGUCGUUCGUGGUGACGGCGCUGGACGAGGCUGUUGCCACUGUCAACCGUGCCAUUGCACACCUCGCUGCUGAGACCACCCACGAGGACACGUAUGCGGUGUUCAAGCGGUGGGAGCGGCAGCUAGCGGGGCAGUACAACGCGGUGGUGGAGGGGUGGCGGCGGGUGGCGGCAGCGGUGGAGGCCAUGGACUAUGGGGGCGCGCUGCACCUGCUGCCAGGGAUUGAGGCCGCUGCUGCAAGGUAUGGUGCUGGGGUGAUGGGGCUGUGA